GGGAGGACGACUAUUACACCGCGCCCCCGCCGCAUUCGCCCUCCGAAGCGUCUGCCCCGAGUUCACUCGGUCCGCCACCUUCUCUCUUCUCUCUACUUCGCAUCCUCCGACCCCAAUCGUCUCGAAGUCACCGAGUCCUCUACCUCCGCUUCGCUUCCAGCUUUCGCGCCGCCGCCCCCUGUUGAGGAGUCGCUUGACCCGGCCCCUUCGUCGUCGGUCGUCGCAGAUACCAAAGCGUCUUUCUCGGAUCCCAAGGGGGACGCGCCUGGCAAGAGCUCGGACGAUAGUGAACCGCCCCCACCUUACACCGAAGGCUACAGUCCACUCGAAUCAUUCACCUACGUGAUGGCUACCGCCGGAGGUGCUUCUAGCAUUAUCACCCAGGUCCAACAGACCGGGGGACCGCCGAUCAACACCCUUGGUGACAUCGGCGGAGAUGAAAAUAUUACAUUGGAUCUUCGUGGCACCCGGUUCACACUCUCCCGCGAUGAGUUGUUGACAUUGCCCGAGUUCGUCCUUCUUUCCCUGUUCCCGAAUGGUCUUCUCCCCGACGGACACAUCGGUGGGUUUCAUGAAGGAGACAUUUACCCGGUUGAUUACGACCCUGCUUCGCUUCAGUACAUGCUUGAUUUCUUCCGCACCGUGGCCCAAUCCAUUCCGUCCUCGCUGCCGUCGGCGUCGACCUCGCCAGAACUGGACAUGCCUGAUGCGAUGCAGAACUCCGCGCGUGAUAUGCUCCAAGACCGUGCUGGCAUCAUCGUUCUCCGUGAAGACCUCGACUUCUAUGUUAUACCACCGCGCCCUGAGAUCGGGCAUGAGGAGAUGCUCGAAGUCAAGCGGAAUGCUGGCCGCGCAUUGCUGGAGCAGGAUGGUAUCUUUUCCGGACUGCGAAAAAGCGAGGAAACUGGAUCAACAGAGCAGCACCUCAUUGAAAUGCUCACAGCUGGCGGAUUCGACCGAGAGGACCAAUGGGGCCACCGAGCCCCGGAACCCAACAAGGCUGUCAUCUGCAGCUUGGCCCUUGCAAAGCUCCGUACUGAUAUUCGCGGCGACAUGGCCAACAACAAUGCGGUGGGCAUGGCCCAGAAGCUGUUGCUCUUCUGGCGAAAGCCCGCCCGCCGAUGCUGGUGGGAGGGUAUUGAUCUCGAGAAGGUCGAGGGUGUCAAGGGUCCAGUCAAGGUCUGGAUCCGCCGAGUCUGGACACUGGAGAUG